AUGAAAUACUAUGUCUUUCCAGACUUACGGUUGGCAGCAGAACUUGGUAAAGCAUUACUAGGUAGAAACAGAGAUCUAGAAUCUACUGUUGCUUCAUUAAACCAGAUAAAUCAUGAUCAACAACAAGAAUUACAGCAUCUUCGAAAUCAAGUAGAAUCUUUAAGAAGUACCAGCGAAUCAAGAAACAAGGUUAAUGAAGAAUUAGAUAGAAUCAAUCAAGAAUUAGAGAAAGCUAAUCAAAGAUUGAUGUUGGAUGCUAAAUCAGAUAAGCAGACAAUUAACAGACUGAGUCUAACAGUUGAAUCAUUAGAUUUCAAAGUUGAGGAACUUCAACGUAAAGUAGAGGAUCUAAAA